GAUUGCCAUUCAUUUCGAUUCCAAUACAGUGUUUUAGAGCGUUUCUGACAAGACGAUAUCAUAGCCAUUAAUUUCUCCUCUCCGUUCUUGCGCUUAACUGCAGUGGAACACGAGCGGUCAGUUGUUUACUAGGAAAUGUGCAGAAUGAAGAAAACCAAGUUGUCAGCGAGAUUAGACAAUUGCAAGUAUUUCGCUAUAUUCGAAGGUUGUUCCGCAUUUUUCUAGCCUAUUUAUCCUGUUGACCGGGUAAGAGCUCUGCUUGAAGAGAAUUACCUGAAUAUGGGUGCAUUGUAAGCUAAAGCAGCGGGACAUCACAAGAGAGAGUGAAACGCAAGACAAAGACAGUUAAAAUUGGCCGGGUUUUCGCGCAGGUGUUCUUCAGCAAGAUUAGCUAUACUGAAAUUCUAGAUUUGAUAUUUCAGUCGCUCGAUAUAUCGGGCCAUGUGAAAAGUGUAGCUGGUAGAUCAGCACGAACCCAAUCAUUAAAAAAGUGUUUAUGCCCAGGUGCAUGUAUAUUCAUUUGUGUGCGCUCUGAAAUCUCAGUUAAUAAGAAGGAAAGAGAAGGUAUUAGUGUCUGAAAAAGGUUUCCAAAAAUGGCCCUUUUUGGAACUCAAAUCGUGAUCAGUAUGAUAAUGGCGUGUGUACUACAAAAAUUAUCGUUCAGCUUCUCCUUUGCACGAUGGUUGCUUGGAAAAAAAUUGUUUGCGUAUCUUCCACCGUCAAUUCAAGAGCUUCAGGACGCUGAGGGUAUAAAGGAAGAAAGCAAAAAACAUAAAAAAAAGGGCUCUUCGCCAGACUAUAAGAUUAGUAAAAAUGUGAAUGUGGCUUUAGAACACAUCCCGAUAACUGCGGACGAUCUUUCGGCUUUGCAGUUUUAUCCUGAAUAUCAGUGGCUCCUGGACUUCAUGGCCUACACAACAUUACUUUACGGGAUCACAGAGGUGUACUUAUUUAUGCGGCCGAAUUUAGAUGAGGUCAACAUGUCCGUCCUGUGGUGCCUAUUAGUGGUGAUCUUCGUCGUGCGAACGUUGCUCUCGUUGGCAAAAAUUUACUUCCGAUCUGAAGAGACUUCAGCCGAGCGCUCGAUGUGCCUCGUGUGUGGUCUAACCUAUCUUUUAAUAGCUAUGCUGAUACUUAUCGUUGAUGAGAAAUGGCUCGAGUUUGGACUCAGAGACGCCUAUGACAGUUUUAAGACAUCGGUUACAAAAUUCAGCGAGGAGAUCUCCCUGGAAACUGCCGGACCAACAUCGGAACUAAUCUUCAAACUGAGUCUGGCAGCGUGGGCCGGAGUUGUUGGAGCGCUACUUGUUUUUCCUGGGAUUCGCUUUGCACAGAUGCAUCGCGACUUACUAGCCAGUGAUGUCAUCGGCCCACCGGGCAAAAUGCUCGUUCACCUCAACUUCGUAUUCCCGCUGUUCGUCCUUAUGAUGUGGGUUACUCCGGUAGCUCGUGAGUACUUCACGCAGAGGAUCUUCUCUGGAAUGUCCGGCCCAGUUAUGACACCGGACCAAUUCGAAAUAUCGCGAAUUAUGACAAUUAUUAUCGCCUGCGUACUGCGUCUAUGGCUAUUCAAUCGCUACAUGCAAGCCUAUAUGAAUGUUGCGCAAAAAAAAAUUCGCAACCUACAAAAAGAAGCCGGGCGCAUACAAAUUUCUGAGUUUCGCAAGACGAUUUCGAGUGUGUUUAAUUAUUCAUGUGUCGUCGCACUGCAAUAUGUGGCACCAGCUGUACUACUGCUAUUCUCUGUCUUGUUAUUGAAAACGCUGGGCGAUUACAGUUGGGCAGGUUUGCCAGGCGAGACGAUUUUGCCAAAAUCAUCCGUUCCACUACCAUUUUCACUGCACAGGUUAAAAGAAGUGUUCACGCCAGCUCUGUUUCGUGGCGUCUUCAAUUUUGCCACGUGGUGGAUUUCAGCGUCGAUUUUUUUCAACAGCAUAAUAGGCUAUGCAUUUUAUUCGUAUAAUGAAAAGGCUUAAUUUAUUAGCAACAGUAGUAAAAGCAGCAGCUAAAGACAGCUCAAACGGAGUAAAACAUAGUUUUUCAAUUGCAUGCAUACGUGAGCGAUAUAACUUGAUUUUAGCCAACAAAAUCAAUAAGAAGUCACGAGUAUCUAAAAAAAUACUCCGCAACUCGUUCAAGCUUAAGCCUUAAAUAUAAAUUUAAAAAAAUCAAUUGUAAAUUUAGUUAAGACAGAAGUAAAAUCUUCGAAUCUUUGUAGUGACAAAAAACCGAUGUUUCUAAAAUAUGGUAACAUAGCUUCCUAACAUCCUGACGUGUGCUAAACGUAGAAUCUGCAAAGCUAUUUCAAACUACAAAACACGAUUGACCUCGAGCGUAAAUGGCAGCACCUGCCAUAGUAAUAAUAAUACGAAAAUGACCUGAGAAGAGUGUGCGUUUGUUGUAUCCGAGAGGACACGUGUUAUAUUUAAACGCACGAAACUUUUGUACAGUAAUUUUUAUACCCCAAUAAAGUAAACUCAUUCUAUUACCUCAAAAGCUGCGAGUG